UGUAAGCCAUUCUCUCCGCCGGAGUGUUAUAGAUGUGGGACGGGAACGAUGGAAAGAUGGCGGCCGCAAUGGUGCAAAUGUCAUGUUUGUACCGUGGGAUGUUAGCGGUCAGGACCACUGGCAUCAGGACGCUGAUCCCCGGGCUGGUCCCGGUCCAGUUCCGAGCCUUCUCAGUGCGGAAGGAGCCCGAGCUAGAGGAGAAUCCGUACUAUAGCAAGUACCAGGACAAGAUCCAGAAACUGCGCAGUGCCAAACCACAGGAGUACAAGACCCGACUGGAGAAAAGGCAUGAAGCCAAGAAGGAAGUGCUGGGACACUCGAAGCAGGCAGAGUUCGUCAGAUUUAUGGAGCAGGAGCUGGAAAAAAGGGACAAGAUGGCAGCUGGUGACGCAACAUCAGGAGGUUUUACAAAGAAUAAGACUUUGGGCUCCAUCCUCAACUUGGAGAUGAUCAAGGACAAGACAGGCGAGGAGAUUGCAGAGCUUUGGAUGAAGUAUUAUUCUACCAAGGAUACAGUCAGCGCCGUCAUCCCAACACAGAUCUAUGAGAUGAUUUUCAGCAGGUCAAAGUCCUGCCCAAUGUUCCUUUACGCUUUGCCUCAGAAAGAGGGUUACGAGUUCUUUGUGGGUCAGUGGUCCCGACAUGAGCUCCACUUCACCUCCCUCAUCAACGUCCAGAUGCUGGGUGAGAAUGCUCCCAGUCAGCUGAUCCUCUACCACUACCCAGACCUGAAGGAGGAGAAGGGCAUCGUGCUCAUGACAGCAGAGAUGGAUCCCAAGUUCAUAACCGUCCACCAGGCUCAGUGUUUGGCUAAUCAGGUGCAGCUCUUCUACGGCACCCAGAGACAGGAGACUUACCGAUUGGUGGAGAUAUUUAACCACCACCCUGCAGAAUUCAAGCACAUGUCAGUCAUAGCAGAGCUGGAGCAGAGCGGUUUGGGGCCUGCAAACCCUUCCACGGGUUCCUGAGAUGGACUGAAGUUGCCACCAGACAGCCUGCUGAGGAACUGUUGGUCUCCAUGUACAGUCGCAAAGAUAUCCAAGCUUCUUUGCUCAGCACGCUCCAGUGGGAUAUAGCUGCUUCUUGCUCUGUGUGUGCAGUUUCCAGCAGCACAGAACUUAAAGAAGCACAAACAGCUUCUCUCAGAAUUUACUACACAUCUUGUGUGUUGCCAGUUUGCCUCAAUGGGAAAAUAAUGUUGAAGUGAGCACUUCUAUAAUAAAUAGUUCUCACUUUGUCUUGUUCUUCAUAUCAGACUGUGAUGUAAGCAGAAGAACAUUGUUCAUAGGUAUCCAAAUAAGCCCAUAUGAAAUGCAAUAAAUGUAAUAAAUCAUC